CCAAGCUAGAAACACUACAAACACAGCAAUUUUAAUCCCCAGCCUUCUAAAAUGGCCUCCAUCUUGAAGAUUUUUGCUGUGGUUGCUUGUUUUGCCCUUUCCUUGUGCUUCCAUGGCGUCGCUGGGAGCAUAUCCUGCGAGAAUUUGAACAAGGAAUCGUGCGGUUUCGCAAUAUCAUCAAGCGGGAAGCGUUGCGUGCUGGAGAAGCACGUCCGGCGCGGCGGCGAGGAAGCGUACACCUGCCGGACGUCGGAAAUCGAGGCCGACAAGAAGCUAUUGAAGGACUCGAUUGAAACGGAGGAGUGCAUCCAGGCCUGCGGCGUCGACCGGAACUCCCUCGGAAUCUCCUCCGACGCUCUCCUGGAAUCGCAAUUCACGCAGAAGCUUUGCUCGACGCCCUGCUACCACCGCUGCCCUAACAUCAUCGAUCUCUACUUCAAUCUCGCCGCCGGCGAAGGCGUGUAUCUCCCGAAAUUGUGCGAGGAAGUAGGGUCGUCUAACGCUCGCCGCGCAAUGGCGGAGAUUGUGAGCUCCGGUGUCGUCGCACCGGGGCCGGAGUCGCCGGUCAACUUCAUUGGUGCAUCGGAGCCGGCGUUGCCUCCGUUCUAAUUUUAUUUAAUUAUUAAUCGAAGGGUGCAAUAUUAUGUUAUAGUUUGUGCAUCGCGCAGAUAGAUAUGAUAUGAGUAUGCAUAAGGAUCAUUGUGAUCCAUGGGGCACAUUUAUUUCUCUUUUGCCAAAGAAAUAAUGUGUAGGUAGUUAGCUAAUUAAGGUACGCAUAUAUAUGUUGCUUUUGUAUCAGUAGUUGCACCCCUGUUAUAUUAUACGCAUGAAUUUAUAAUAUCACUUAUAUAAAUAUAA